AUGUCCGCCGGCUACUUUCUGGAACGCGAAAAGGUCGGCCUUGAGGAUCUCUUCAAGGGCCUCGUAACAGCCUCGCAUAUUCUGCACAGCAACGGCAUCAUCGACGCCUAUGGCCAUAUUUCUGUGCGUAGUCCCGAUAACCUAGCGACUUUCUGGAUGCCAUGUAAUAUCUCUCCGGCCCUUGUCAGUUCUCCGGAUGAUUUGGUCGAGUACAACGUCGAGGACGUGAGCCCUGUGGAAAAAAAUGUAAAGCCCGGAUACCUUGAGAGAAGCAUCCAUGGAGAGAUAUACAAGCGAUUUCCAGCCAUUAAUAGUGUCGUACACAGCCAUUGUAGUCAUGUUCUGCCGUAUUGCGUGAGUGGGGUGCCGUUGAAGCCUAUGAUACAUAUGGCUGGAUUCUUAGGGAACAACGUUCCAGUCUGGGACAUUGCUUCUCACUACCCCAGCGGGUCAAAACACGACCUCCUCGUUCGCAACACUGCCCUUGGUGCCUCUCUCUCAGCAACCUUCAAACCAGCCACCUCGGCAGGGUACAUCUACUCCAAAGUCCGCUCUGCGAUCCCUUCCCAGAUCGCUGGCGCACCCCCAAGGCCCUCUCAUGAGCCUGAUCAUGCCGUGGUUCUCAUGCAAGGGCAUGGCUUCACGACGGCGGCCUAUGGCAUCGAAGAAGCAGUCUUCCAAGCCAUCUACACCAAAGAGGCUGCCAAGACGCAAACGACAGCAUUGACGAUACGAAACGCACAUUUUGGACACAUUGUCGAAGGCAAGAUAGACUUGGAAGGUGGUGGAAAGAUCAAGUCAGCAAAAGUGAAGGCCGAAGGCGGCCUGAAAUACUUGAGCGAAAAGGAAGCACACGACGCCUGCGAGGCGAUGCAAGCUACCAUUGCUCGACCGUGGGCACUGUGGUGUCGAGAAGUUGAAGUGAACCCUCUGUACAGGAACGAUUGUCCUGGAGGCGAGGAUUGA